GGACAGGACGGAUUGAACAGUACAGUACAGUGGAGAACAGAACCGCGCGACAGGCAACAUAAACUAAAAGCGCCCGGCAAAGAGGUGCAGUCGUCACCGCUGGGGUAAUUUGUUGCCAGUGUCGAAGGCGGAGCGAGAAGGUUUCGGUACAAAACGGUACAAAAACAAACCAAUCAAUGUAAGACAAUUUUCAAACAAAAACAAAACAACGAACUAAAAUUGAAUUCUAAAAUAUAAUUACAGUUUGAUCUGCAUUAGCUGAUACAAAAUCUGGUUUUAUUUGCCACCGUCCGAACAAAAUCAAAAUUGAUUGAUCGGAUUUGAUCGGUUUUGGAAAUGGUUGCUCGAUUGAAAGAGAUCAAGUGCAUGUUCUGCAGAAAGGCAGACAAGCACGACCACGGUUGGGAGGAGUGCUCGAAGUGUGGUGCGUGGGCUCACACGAAGUGCGCGAGUGUGGAUGAAGAGUCGGAAGAAGAAUGGAUCUGUCCGAAGUGCGCUGAUUCCGACAUUCUGCUGAAAGUUCCGGGUAAGGUGACGAAGAAGUCCGGCGCCAACAGCGACUCGGGAACCGUCCCAGGCGCGGGUUCCAGUGCAGUCCCAACUGAAGAGGAGUUGGCUGAGGAACAGCGGGUCGAGCGGGAGGCUUUCGCGAAGCAGAUGGAGCUGCGCAAGAAGCGUCUGGCCGAAAAGUUGGCCUGGAGCGAGCAGAGAAUGAAGGAGGAGGCGGAGAUGCAGGCGCUGGAGAUGAAGACUCAGCGCGAGAUCGAGAAGAAGCAGCUGGCGCACGACCAGAAGCUGCUCGAGCGUCAGUUGGCUGCGGAGAAGGAGUUUUUGAAGAAGAAGGCGACGGUGAAGAAGCAGAUUGAAGCCAGCAAGGCCAAGGUUAACGCGCUGAAGGCCGAAGAAUCCUCGAAGAAGAAGGUGACUGACUGGCUGAAGAGCGGCGAGAAACCUGGAAGCGGAAAGACGCCGAAACCGAAGCCGGAAGUCACCCCAGAGAGUAGCAGCGAUAGUCACGAUAGUGAGUCGGACGGGGAAAAGAGCGUUUCCGGAAAAGGAAGCGUUAAGCCUACCUCGAAGAAGAAUGGCGGGUCGGUUUACAGCGCCGCGCGUAUCACGCGAGAGCAAAUGGCUGCUCGGAAGGUGUUGGGGCAUGCUCUGCCGAAGUUCAGGGGCGAACCCGAAGUCUGGCCGCUAUUCAUAAGCUGUUUUGAACAAACUACGGCCGCGUGUGGCUUCUCCAACCUCGAAAAUCUCUCGCGACUGGUGGAAGCACUAGAAGGCGAAGCAUUGGAGAACGUGAGGGGCAGUCUGGUUUUCCCGAGUGCAGUGCCGGACAUAAUCCAGGAUCUCCGGGACAUGUUCGGGAGACCUGAGAAGCUGCUGAAAGCGCUGUUGGUGAAGGUGAAGCAGGCGCCGGCGCCGCGAGCUGAUCGUCUGGGGACUUUCAUAAGCUUUGGGAUGGUGGUUAAGCAGCUGUGCGACCACCUCGAGGCGGCAAAUCUGCACGACCACCUGAACAAUCCGAUGAUUGUGCAGGAACUGGUCGAGAAGCUGCCACCGAGCUACCAGAUGGACUGGGUCAGGUUUAAACGGGGCAGGAAGGAAAGUCCGCUUCGCAGGUUCACCAAUUUCAUGAAGGAGAUCGUGAACGAUGCUGCAGAGGUGGCGGAGUUCUCGUCGCUGAACUUAAGCGACCAGAGCAAGAUGGGAAGCGGAAGGGCGCACAACAAAGAGUUCGUACACGUCCACGAAUCGGAGCAGAAGAGGGUCGAAGCAGCGCGCGCAGAAAAGCCCAGCAAACCAUGCUGGAUCUGCAAGCGGACGGAUCACUUUAUGCGUUCCUGUGAGCAGUUCAAGCGGAUGAACGUAGCGCAACGUUUGAGAGAAGUUGGCAAGCUGAAUCUGUGCAACCGGUGCCUGAACAAGCAUGGAUCCAGUCCGUGCAACUCGAGGGUCAGGUGCACGGUCCCUAACUGUGUUGGGAACCAUCAUCCUCUUUUGCACCGCGCGGAAGAGUCGGUGCAGCUGCAAAAGGCGGAGAGCACGGGUCGUUCAGUGAUCUUCCGCAUGAUGCCCGUGACGUUGUACGCAGGGAAAAGGCAGUUCGACACGGUAGCUUUUCUGGACGAAGGAUCGUCGGCGACGCUGAUGGACGACGCGGUGGCCAAGCAGUUAAAGGCGGAGGGUGUUUCGGAGCCGCUGAUCGUCACCUGGACCGGAAAUAUCAACCGGAUUGAGGACGGCUCGCGCAAGGUGGACUUGAUGCUGUCGGCCAGGGGCUCGACGGAGAAGUUUCCGCUGAUGAACACGCGAACCGUGGGGAAGUUGCUACUUCCGGAGCAGAACGUGAACUACGGAGAGGUAGUUAAGAAGUAUUCGCACUUGUCCGGUGUGCCGCUGCAAGAUCUCCCGUCAGGUGUUCCAACGAUACUGAUCGGUCUGGACAACCUUCACCUUUUCGCGCCGUUGGAGUCGAGGAUCGGCAAGUCCUGUGAGCCGAUAGCCGUACGAUCAAAGGUCGGGUGGACGGUGUACGGUGCGGAGAAGCGAAGAGCGAGCACGCACGCUUUCCUGAAUCUACACUCGGUCGCGCCUGUGACCAACCAGCAGCUACACGACAUGCUGAAGGAGCAGUACAUGCUCGAUGACCAGGCGCCAUCUGCGUUUCCGAUUCCAGAACCAGUGGAAGAGAAGCGAGCGCGAGAGAUCCUGCUAGCGACGACGAAGCGAGUAGGCGAACGCUUCGAGACCGGUUUGCUGUGGCGUGAGGACGAAAGAAAAUUUCCCGACAGCUACCCGAUGGCCGUUCGGCGGAUGAAAGCGCUCGACAGAAAGUUGGAGAAGAAUCCCGAGCUGAGGGAAAACGUUUGCCAGCAGAUCGAGGACUAUCAAACCAAGGGGUACGCGCACAAGAUCACCGAUGCAGAGCUGUCGGAGACGCCAAACGAGGCCGCGUGGUAUCUACCGUUAAACGUUGUGGUGAAUCCUCGCAAGAAGAAAGUGCGCUUGGUCUGGGACGCUGCGGCGACGGUCAACGGCACAUCCCUAAACACAGAGUUGCUGAAGGGUCCGGACAUGCUGGUUCCGUUGCUCCGCGUGAUCAACCACUUCCGAGAGCGGCCGAUCGCCAUUGGAGGCGACAUCCAGGAAAUGUACCACCAGAUACGGAUCAGGCCGGAGGACAAGCAGGCGCAGCGCUUCUUGUUCCGGACGAGUGCGACCGAGAAGCCGGGAAUCUACGUUAUGGACGUGGCCACUUUCGGCGCGACGUCGUCGCCGUGCUCGGCGCAGUUCGUCAAGAACUUGAACGCAGAUCAGUUCGCAGAGAAGUUUCCGGAAGCCGCAGCAGCGAUCAUAAAGCGUCACUACGUGGACGACUACUACGACAGCGUAGACACCGUGGAGCAGGCAGUUCAGCGAGCCAAGGAGGUGAAGGAGGUACACUCGCGGGGUGGAUUCAACAUCAGGAACUGGGUGUCCAAUUCCGCCGCGGUCCUGAAAGCGUUGGGAGAGAAAAGCGUUGACUUCACGGUCGAUUUCAACCGGGACAAGGGACCGGAGUACGAACGCGUGCUGGGAAUCGUCUGGGAUCCUGUGGAAGACGUUUUCAGCUUCACAACGAUGACGAAGUCGGAGUACGCGGAGGUGCUGAGCGGGGAAACGCGUCCAACGAAGCGAAUCGUGCUCAGCAUAGUGAUGUCGCAGUUCGAUCCGGCCGGAUUUCUUGGACCAGUGACGAUUCGAGGAAAGAUGCUGAUCCAGGACCUGUGGCGCACGGGAUGCCAAUGGGACGAGUUCAUUGACGAGCUUUCUUUCAAGAUGUGGCUGCGUUGGACGAGUAUAUUGUUGGAUGCUCAGACGUUUAGGCUGCCCCGUAGCUACUUCGGGAACGCGCGAUCGGAUGAGAUCAAAGAAAUCCAGCUACACAUCUUCGCAGAUGCUGGAGAGAAGGCGUACGGUUGCGUUGGAUAUUUUCGCGCGAUAGUGCGUGGUGAGGUGGAGUGUGCCUUCGUUAUGAGUCGCUCGAAGGUGGCACCGCUGCAGUUGACCGCCGUUCCGCGCUUGGAGUUGAACGGAUCAGGCCUAGCCGCCCGGAUGUCGCAGACAAUUCACGAGAACCACAACUUCACAAUCACCAAAACGUUCUUCUGGAUCGACUCGGCGGUUGUGCUGUCAUGGAUCCGGUCCGAUCAGCGCCGGUACAAGCAGUACGUCGGGUUUCGGAUUGGAGAGAUCCUCAGUCUGACGAACAUCGACGACUGGAACUUUGUGUCGACCCGGAUCAACAUCGCAGACAUCCUCACGAAGUGGAGCACCGAUCUCGACUUGAGCCCGAGCAGUCCCUGGGUACGCUGUCCCAGAUUCGUGUACGACGAUCAGAAGGACUGGCCGAAGAAAGCGCUUCCACCUCCGAACACAACUGUUGAGCUGCGGAUUCAUUUGCUCUUGCACGACGUGCAAGUCGUGGAGUCACUCGUGGAUGUCAGCCGGUUCUCGAGAUGGACUGUCCUGGUCAGAACGAUGGCAACUGUUUGCCGGUUCGUGUCAAAUCUCAAGCGCAAGGUGAAAGGACUGCCGGUGGAGAAGCUCCAAGCGACCAGGAACCAGGAGAAGCUCUUAGGGUCGACGGCGGGUUCGUCAGUACGAGUUCCACUGCAACAGAACGAGCACGAACGAGCGGAGCAGUACCUGAUGAGAAUGGCACAAACGGAAGAUUACAUUGACGAGAUGAAGGUGCUCACGAGAAACAAGAAUCGCCCGACAAACCAGUGGAUCGCGCUGGAGAAGUCGAGCCCCCUGUACCAGCUCACACCGUUGGUCGACGAGAACGGACUGAUCCGGAUGGAAGGACGGCUGGAGCAAGCCGAGUUUCUCCCGUUCGACAUGCGCUUCCCGGUGAUACUGCCAAAGAACAACCGAAUUACCGAGCUGAUUGUACAAGACUACCACGAGCGGUGCGGACACGGAUAUCGGCAGUCGGUCAAGAACAAGCUGAGGCAACUGUACUACAUCCCGAAGGUAGACGCGGUUGUUCGGCGAAUCGAGUCGGCGUGUGUGUGGUGCGAAGCUCACCGCAAACGUCCGACAAUCCCCAGGAUGGCAUCGCUCCCGGUCCAACGUCUCACGCCGUACCUUCGUCCGUUCAGCUACGUCGGCGUCGACUAUUUGGGACCGUUCGAUGUGAGCGUCGGACGCCGCUCGGAGAAGCGGUGGAUUGCACUAUUCACCUGUAUGGCAACGCGCGCAGUGCAUCUGGAGGUGGCGAACGGACUCACAACCCAAUCGUGCUUGAUGGCGAUUCACCGAUUUAUCGGCCGGCGAGGCUGGCCCAUUGAGUUUCUUUCAGAUAACGGGACCAACUUCCAAGGGGCGAGCAAGGAGCUGAUGAAGGACGUCCGAGACAUCAGCGAACACUGCGCGGACCAGCUGACCAACGCACGGACGAAGUGGUCGUUCAACCCUCCCCUGGCACCUCACAUGGGCGGUGUCUGGGAGCGACUCGUACGAUCGGUCAAGGAGGCACUCACGGCGCUGGACGACGGUCGGCGGCUCACGGACGAGAUCCUACAGACGGCCAUCGUUGAAGCGGAGGACAUGAUCAACUCCCGUCCGCUUACGUACGUGUCGCAGCAGUCGGACGAAGCCGAGGCGAUCACCCCUAACCACUUCCUGCGAGGCGCCUCACCAAACCAACCGGGCGGGGCUCUUCCGUCGCCAAAUCCGGCGGUGGCACUACGAGACACGUACCAACGAUCCCAGCAGCUGGCCAGCGUGAUGUGGGAACGGUGGAUCAACGAGUACCUGCCAACGCUGAAUCGGCGGACCAAGUGGUUCGGCGAGUCGAGGCCGCUGGAGAGCGGAGACCUGGUCUACAUCGUCGAAGGCAACAACCGGAAAAGCUGGAUUCGGGGCAUCGUGGAGGAACCGAUCGUGGGCAAGGACGGCCGAGUACGCCAGGCGUGGGUGCGCACCAACAGCGGCAGGUACAAGCGAGCGGUGGCGAAGCUGGCAGUGUUGGAGGUACGAGAAGGUAACCCUCAACCGGAAGCGGACUCCCGGACCGGGUUACGGGCCGGGGAAUGUUCCGACAACACUGCCACCAAGUCGACAUAGGUCGCGAAGACACGGCAGGGUCACGGUACACGCAGCGCUACACAACACAACACAAAUAUAAACAUAAACAAAUUAUAGUAAAGAAGAAUGAAGAGAGGAGGAAGUAAACAGGAGUAAAAGUAGGGACGAGGACAAACAGAAAACGCGUUGAACGAAGAAGUUGGAGGUUUCCACGAGCAGGAGAGUGUUUAGUGAUUGUGGCUAACGAAGGACAGUUUUAGUGCACAACAGUUAGAACGGGGCAUGCAGACGUGUUCACGAGUUGGUUAGACGAUCACAAUAAAUCCAGGUGAGACGUAAACAAACACUCCAGCGAAGGGGAACAGAUUAAAAACUCCUAAAUCUACUAGUACGGACUUCGAAACGGGUCGGCCAGGACAAGACAGUUCGGACAGGACGGAUUGAACAGUACAGUACAGUGGAGAACAGGUAACACGUAAUUUACUACCAAAGUGAACAAUGACAAUUAACACUCAUUGAAACACAGAACCGCGCGACAGGCAACAUAAACUAAAAGCGCCCGGCAAAGAGGUGCAGUCGUCACCGCUGGGGUAAUUUGUGAGUUGUUACACAGAUUAAAACUUAGAACUAUUUGUAAAUAAAUAUUAAAAUUAUCGAUAGGUUGCCAGUGUCGAAGGCGGAGCGAGAAGGUUUCGGUACAAAACGGUACAAAAACAAACCAAUCAAUUUUGAUCUGCAUUAGCUGAUACAAAA